AGGUGACGCAUGAGGAGAGAUGGAAAGAGUGGAGGGCACAAACAGGGAUUUGUCUACAGUAAUUUGCCUCCACUCCUCCUCAUCCUCCCAUCCUGUUUACCUGCUUGGAGGGUUUCAAAGGAGCUCUGUGUUCAUUUAUGAGGAAGGGGGCAGGGAGAGUAGAAAAGGGACCUGCAAUCACUGCACCUCCUUUUAAGACUUGCAAACACACAAAAAGGAAUAAAAAGCUGAGGACUUUCUUUGAGCAUUAAAAAAAGGAUUUUGCAUCAUUAUUUGCACUGUACAUGCUGCCAUGGCUCACAAAUUCUGGUUUGCUCUUUCAGUGUGGCUUUUGCUGGUGACCUGUGAGGCUGGAAAGCACAUGCCAAAGCUCUCCAACAAGAAACUCUGCGCUGACUCUGAAUGCAGCCAUCCUAUCUUGAUAGCUCGUGCGGUCCAGGACUACUACCCUGGAGACUGCAGGUUCAUUCCCAUCCGACAGGGGCAGCUUGUCUAUGUUUAUGCAAUGCUAAAAGACACAGGGAACCUCUUCUGGGCUGGCAGUGUACAAGGCUCCUAUUACGGAGAACAAGAGGCUCGCAUUGGACACUUCCCCAGCAGUGUAGUGGAGGAGACACAUGUACUCAUGCCAGCCAACACUGAGGUUAAAACUACUAAAUGGGACUUCUACUGCAACUGAGGACACGUUCAC